AUGGCUAGCUGCAUUAUAUUAAAAAAAUUGUUAAGCGUCCAUAAAGAUACUCUGUACAGAUAUUUAAGCAAUGUAAGCAAUGUACGCAAUGUAAGCAAUAUUAGCAGUGAAAAAUAUUUCGAAAGGGAAAAUGCAAAAAAAGACACAAAUGACAAUAUAAAUCAUGUAAGUGAGAGCAGAAACAAGUCCAACUGCAAUUAUUCUGAGUUAAAAGUGGGGAAACAUUUCAGAGAGAUAUUUCAUGAUGGAUCGGAAAAAAAUUUUGAAAGUCAUCCAUUUAACAGAAGAUUUGCAUAUAGUAAGAAAAGUUUAUUUCCAAUUGAACCAAGGAAUUUACGAACAUUGGGAUUAAACAGGCAACGGAAAAAAAAAAGAGGAAGAGGUGACAAAUGCCCAGGUAAAGGUAUAAGAGAUAAACAUAAACAUAGAAAAUCAGGUAGACCAAAUAGCAGAACGUUUGAAAGUGGUAGAACCCCAUUAUAUAGAAGAUUGCCCAAAUGGCCUGAAGCUUGGUUAAGUAGACAAAAGAAAAAUUAUGAUUGUUUAAAUUUAUCAAAAUUGAGAUAUUUUAUUGAAAAGGGAAGAUUAGAUACUAGAUUUCCAAUCACUCAAAGACAUUUACAUGAUUCGAAAUGUGUUAAGGUAAAAAAUGGUGUUAAAUUAUUUAAUGUUAACGAUUAUCCUUUCCCCUACAAAAUCGACAUUGAGGUUUCUAAUGCUGACCAAUCUUCUAUUGAUGUAAUUAAAAAAGUAGGAGGCUCUGUAACCAUUAUUUAUAUGGAAAGAGUUAAUCUAAGAGCACAUAUAAAACCUUACAAAUUUGAAAUAUUACCAAGAACCGCAAGACCUAACCUUGAUAUGAUUCAUUUUUUAGAGAAAAUGAGAAGCAAAGGUUGUAUUGUUAAAUAUAUUAAACCAUUAUGGUUAAUAGAAGAAGAAAAAAGAAUUAUAAAUGAAUUAACAGAAAUAGAAGAAAGUUCAAAAUUAUCCGAAAUUUCACAAGUCAAUACAAAUAUUAACAGGUCAAGAAAAACACAUAAGGUACAUGUAACAGGUGACAAGGAACAUGCAUAUAUGCAUAACGACGAAGAGGAUGAAGAUGCCAGAAGAUAUAGAAUAUUACAAAAAUACAGAUUACAGAAUACGCAAAUGAGGGGAGAGGAAUAA